GAGCCCUUUUCCUAACUCAGAGACGGCGGCGCGAGGCACCGGGCCCAGUUCUAGAAGCAAAGGGGCAGGAUAAGAAGGCUUCCGGUUGGAAUGCACAGAUAAGGGCAUUACCCUUAAAAAAAUAAACAAACAGAAAAAUCCAGAGUCGUGCUGGAGGCUUCGGGACUAGGAUUAAUCCUGUAGGGAUGGCUACGCAGAAGGACUUGUCCCCUAGAGGCCGUGCAGCCCACCGGGGCUCCAGUAGACUGAGCUAGCAUUCUGGGAAGGCACAAGCUGGACAAGGCCAUGUGAAAAUGAGGUAGAGAGAUUGAGGCUGGUGGGCUUUUUGAUUAAAAAAAUCCAUUUUUGUUUAAGGCUUAAACGAUGGGAUUUGACUGAGCCAAAUGAUCCAUUUGGCCGUUGUGUACGGAUUAAAACAAAUAAAUGACUGUCCCUAAAAACAUGCUAACUACAGUAGAAGGGAUAGGGAGCCAAUGAAAGGCAUACAAAAUUGGAGAGACGGUGUGGGCAGAGCACAUGAAUACAACUUUCAAAACCAAAAUGAUUACCCCACCUCCCGGGCACCCUUAAAUUUAGGGAAAACUUCCUGAGUGAGUUUUUGGCAUGGAUCUGAUGGACCUCUGUGUUGUGAUCAUGUGAAUUGGUUCCGGAAUAGCUCUGCGAGUCAGGGUUUUCUAGGGAGGGCAACUUGGUUUCUGUUAGUUUCACUUUCACUAAAGAUUGACUUUUAACAUAAGCAUCCAGCCUAGUGCGCUCCUAGGGCGCAUUCUUCACUUCCCCAGAGAAAUAGGUUAAGAUUUUCUGUCAGACCACACCCCCUGGCUUCUCAAAAAACUUGGGUUUUAAGCGGUCAAAGUCACAACGCCAAACGGUCACCUAGAAAUGAAUUCAGGCAAUCAAAGGAAUACCAUUUAAAUGACCAGUAUGUGACUGGGUUUUGCAGUAUUUUACAAACAUCCUAACGGACGGAAAUCAGGAAGGCUGUUAAACCUGUACUUAUCAGAAAAUGAUCUAAAAUGGGAGUUUUUAAGAAACGGAGAGUGGAAGUCAUGCUAUACCGGGAGGCAACCCGCAGAAGUAUCAUGUUAUCCCCCCACAGCAUAAACCAGCUGGACACAAACUCACAGGCAGGUCUAUUUGAGAGCAGAUCUCUGGGCUCCCACAUAUAUCAGGCAAGAGGGGGCACAAAAGGUGUGCGUUUGCUAGCAUACAAACAAGCUGCCUUUAAUAACAGCAAAAGGUAUGACCUUUGUGGAAGAUAAUAUUUUUAUUUUUCAGGCAUUUGUUAUUUGUUUUCUGUUGCUAUAACAAAAUACCUAAACGGGGUUCCCUUUUCAAAGAAAUGUAAUUGAGCCCACAAUUAUGGAGGCUGGCCGUCCGAGGCAAUGCCUCUUGCUCAGUCCUAACUCUGGAGAAGAAUCGCACGGUACUCCCAGCAGGGCAGAUGGAGGCACAGCAUGCCAGAGAGGUUCAGGAGCCUCAUUUGUUCUUGGUAUAACAACUUCACCACCUGUGGUCCCUUGAGACCUUCAUUAAUCCGGUCCGUGGGUGAGCCUCCAUGAAUGGAUGGCUUGACAUUAGACCCCACCUCCGGGAAAGUUUCACACCCUAAUACAGUCACACAGGGCCAAGCCUCUCUCAAGUGGAUUUUGGAGGGACACACUCAAAUCAUAUGCAAACCAUAGCAUCCCUUCUCCACUCUAAGGAAAGUUCCGUGGAGGCAACCGGUUCCUCUGUCAUGGUCACAGCUGACGCUUGGUUGGUAUUUAGUAACAUUUUGAUGAAUGAAACCAGCGAACAGGAUGCCUAUUCCGGAUGGGGAUGGUCUCAGUUCACUUGUUCUUAUCCCUUACACUUCAGAAAGCUUGUCUGAAAGCAGGGGACCAUGACCAACAUUAGAGCCCUGGAUCCAGCCACGCCUGAGAGCCACCAAAUGCUUUAUUUACCUGUAUCCUCUACUGCUCCCUCUUUGUUUUGGGUGCACUGUUCUGCGUCGUGCUUCUACCCCCUGUGACUGACCCAGUGCACUCAGUGGAGGUGUGAGCUGUCCAUGUGCUCCUCUGUGCCAGACUGAGCUGUGCUGGCGUACAGUAGCUCACUCGUUCACGGAACCCUACAGCCUGGUACCGUCCAAUAACCCAGAUGAUGAAAAGCUGCACUCCAAAUUGUUUGGAAGGGGAAUGUGCCGAAAUGGUCUUGAGGCUCCACUUAAAGAGUUUUAAGUUGAACAGAACAGAGAAGUUUCUUCCUCCAACUUGGAAUGGGUACCAAGACAGAUGGCUGAGUGCCGUCUCGGGCUUUAAAAUAGGACAGAUGGAUAGUCCUCUGCUCUCGUCCGAGUGGUAUUUUCUCCUGGUAUUUCUGACUGUUUGACGAUGACUCCAGUGGAUAGUAGGAAGUGGCUUCAGUGUAUGGUUUGAUUUUGAAUCUAGUGUGCUGAGAUGGGCGUGGUCAUGGUGAACCUUCCUGGUCUUGGAUGCUUCUCCUGUCUGGAGGUCGUGAUUGAGGUUUCCGGUUCUAGCUCUGUGGUUUCCAAUUUCUCAGGUUAGAUUUAAAACCUUGAAGAAUUAGAGAUCAAAAGCAAGACAUUAUUAUAGCCGUAGUGUAUUAGACUUCUCUAGCAGAACAGAAUGGAUACAAUGUAUCUAGAUAUGAAGAGGGGAUUUAGUAGUCUGUCAUUAGCUGUCUUCACACUGGAGAGGCUGAGGACCUGGUAGCCGUGCGGUCAGUCUGUGAGGUUGGAUGCCUCAGCAGGCCCAGCCUGGCUCUGAAGGCUUAGAACAUUUCCUGUUUGACCAGUCUUCAGUCCAUUCUUGGAAACCUGAAGACAUUAGGUUCUGAUAUUAGCAAAGGAAUCGAGCGGCAAUGGCAGCAGUGGGGUAGAUGACCCUGCCAGUGAGAGCAAGGGCCAGCAGGCAAAGAGCAAAGCUUUCAUCUGUGCAGCCAUGGGGAUGUGCGCCCCAUCCAGGCUGGGUCUUCUCAUCUCAAAUAGCCUCGAUGAGAAAACCCCUCAGGUUUGCCCAGCAUGGCUUGCCUUUCAGUUGAUUCCAGAUCCAGUUCAUUUGACAAGCGAGAUUAACCGGAACCAAUAGCUUUCGCUAAUACAAACAUUCAGUGGGGCCUGUGUGGGGUUUUCAUGGUCUUUAUUUCCUUUGAAUCUAGCAAGUUUUCUGUGAUCCAUUGAAAUCUCUCUCCCCCUCCCCUUCCCCAUCUCUCCUCCCUCCCCUCCCCCCUCGUGUGUGUGUGUGUGUGUGUGUGUGUGUGUGUGUGUGCGCGAGUGUGUGUACACAUGUAUACCUCAUUGCUAGGUAAUACUAAUAAUAAUGGACUGUGGAAGGGGGUGUCCUUUGGAGCGAGCUUUCUUAUAUCGAGUAUGCAUUAUGCAGGAGUUAGAGCACCGGGCACUAAGGGUCACACAAAUGAGUCAGUGACUCUACUUUGGGUCCUUGUCUCACAAGCCCAAGAAAGCAAUUCACAGACAAGAAGGGUACUCUUAGGAGAGAGCUUUUUAUUAUAGAGAUGCAGCUUGAAGGAGAUUAAAGAUCUGUUGCAGAAAGCAGAGCUCGGGAGAGGUUCCAAGGGAGGGGGAAACCCACUAAACUGUUUGUCUAGGGGCUUUUUAUAGGUUGGCAGACACUAAAGGAAGGCAUGAGACUCUUCUGUUAGGAUGGGUUUAUUCUCUGAGUGUAUCCCAAGGGGAGCCAGCGGAGACCCACACUCUGUGCGUGCCCAACAGGGAGAUGUUCACAGGCUGCACACCUGAUGCUCUUUCAGGGGAGCGGUCGAGAUUUGAGGCCCCCUCUUCAUCUUUGUCUUGUUUGUUUGUUUGUUGACCUUGACUGUCUGUUGGCAGUUGGCCCUGGCGAUGGCGGCGGCGGCCUUGGACCUUCCAGGUGCUGCGUUCUUGGACCCUGGUGGGGUCUGCCUGCCCUUGUGUAUUCUCUUCUCUCUUUGUUCUCCUGCUUCCGUGAUCAACCUGCAGUUCCGCCACGGUGGGAGCUAACUACCCUCAUAGUUGCAAAGAUAAAACCGCUGUUUUCCUUGGUUACUUCAGAUGUAGCUAUCCAUCUACAGGGUGUGCCCUUUGUGGAACAGGUGGAGGCUUCUUAGAAACCAUUUUUCUUUUACCCACAAUGAAGCCUGUUAUAAUUGGCUGCGUUAGAAACAAGGAUAUUCGGAAGGCAACAGUGCCUUGCAACAUUCCAACAGCAACAGAAAGAGGGUCUUUGGGGGAGCCAGCUCACCUGUUAGAAUUGACUCAGGGCCCCAUCUUUCCUCUCAUCUGAUCAGUUUAGUUAGCUAAUGCCUCUGGUAUCCCUUCUAUCCCUAACCUUUAGUUCACUACUACAAUAGGGUUUUCCCCCCAAAAGUGUUGACCCAAGGGAAAUGCGUGACUUCGCCCAGAAGCCCCAGAAGUGCACCCACUGUUAGCAACCUUUCCUUGUCUUGGCCGGUCCCUGCAGGUUUGUGUCCAGUGUCCGCUAGGGUGGCAGCAGCCUGUCCCAUGCCUCUUACUAUUGAAGAUGUGUUUUCAGGGAAGACUCAGACUCCAGCUCGGAUGCCUGCCGUGCUGUUCUGGACACACACUCUACUUGGUUGGAAAUGGUCCAGGGGCUACAUCCCCUGCCCAGGGAGAAGCCAGGUGGUCAACCCUGGAGCUGUGUCCACGCCCUGGGCUUCCUCAGUCAGUGGAGAGAAAGGUCACCAUUUUAAACAUUUUAGCUCUCCAGUUUAGCUUGUCCUGAAUUCUAACGUCAUGUUUUACCAUGCUUUAACAGCGGUGUGCACCAAGCAGCACUAAGCCAACGUGGGUUAAGUAGGUUGUACCUGUUCCUCUCUUUUGAAGAUUGGAUGUGAACUGUCUCCCUAAAGGCUCACGUGUUUGAACCUGGAAGUGUAGACCUGGAAGUGAGGUCCAGCUGGAGGAAGUGACUUACUGCCAUGGCGCCUCCCCAACAGGAUGAGGUAAUGAGAGGCCCUCAGAUCCCAGAGGACACCCUACGAGAAGAAGUCAGGAUCGAGUUGAGGAUCCGGUCUCCAGCAAACAGGAAUGAACCGGACGGGCGCGGAAAGCCUCCCCCCAGAGCCCCGGGUUUGAUUCCCUGCUUGAAGGGCCAGAAUGACUCAGCAAUGAGAAUGAGGCUCUGCGGAGAUCACCACCUUUUUCUCCUCUUGCCUUCCUUCCUCUUUCCUUUUCGGCGCCCAGCGAUGGAGGGACUGGACAAUAGGAUCUUCCUUGCGCAGACACGGUGGGUUCCAUUUCAGUCUGAGAAUGAAGAGGAGACAGUUUAUAGAACAGCGGGAGCUGUUUAAAAAACCGAAUGGCCAAUGAAGCUGUGAGUUCCCUCACUCCCUUCCAACACAGGAAGCAAGGGAAGGCCAGUUACACCUUGCAGUGAGUCGGUAAUCUCCAAAGGCCUUUAUCCUUGGCUCCUGGGGGGUUACCUUUGAUGUCUUUCUUUACUCGAGUGUCCCAAGUCAUAGUGGAUAGACAAUGCAACUCUGGGUGGGGACUGACCACUCCUAGAUAGCGUAAUGAACAAGGAUGGGCUCUCCAGAAAGAUCUGCCAUGAGACUGAGUGGGGGAUUUGGGUCAUCAGUAUCAGUGA